UCUCUAUAAGUAUAAGAUGGACGGAGUAAUCUCCAACGCAGCUGUGGAAACAGCGACAAGGGCCGCAAUGGAUUUGUCUCUGUCAGGAGCAGGAUUUUCUAUUUCACUCAAGAUUGACAACCCCUGGUUAGCAGGAGCUGUGAGCCUUGGUGCAUUAUCGCUAGGUGCUUUCUACCUCGUCUGUAAGGGGCCCGCGGAGGGUGCCAUAAAAAGAGCCUUAGAAAGGACUCUAUUCAGCGAUGUGGAUCCUGAAGUUACUAAUAUUACAGAUGGACAUUCCAUCUUGGUGGAAUUGCAAUGUCACUCAGAGAUGAGUCUGUUGUUAUUUCUGGAAGACUAUGAGUCGAAAACAAUCAAGUUUAGAUUGGAAAAGGAGUUCAAACAAAUUGGAUUUAAUGAUCAAUUAGAAGUCGUUAUUCAGAAUGAAGGAUUGGUGAACAAGGAAGCAACAGAGAUAAGAGAGAGACAUGCCACCCAGAGAAAAACGCUCUCAUUAGAAAACUGGCGUGAAUGGUAUAAAGAACUCGCAGACAUGAUCAACAAACUCUUUGAAAUGCAAGUGAAUGCUCCUCAGCAAACUGGAAGGCCCGAGAAUCCGAGAACUAGAGAACCUUUGUAUCAGUUACAAGAGCUGGAGAAGGUCUUGGAGGGAUCAACAAGAGCAAACGACUUACACGUAAGUGAUAGUGAUGGAUUCCAGAAAUCUAACGUUAUAUUGGAGGAGCUGAGCGGUGUUAAGGAAACAUUAAAACGAGAAAUGACAAUCUCCAAGGGCUUGCGAAGAACCAUUGAAAAGCUUCAAGAAGAAAACAGGCGACUGGAAAAAAGUUCAGAGCCCGCAAAUGUUCAUGGAACAAAUGAUGGGAAAGAUGAAAGUCUCCAGUUAAAGAGUUUGACCAGGGAAAAGACCGAUGAGAUUAAAGCGUUAGAGAGUUAUCUCCUGGAGCUGCGUGAAAAAGUGCAUGAGCUGGAGAAAGAAAACGAAUCGUUGCAGCAAAAGUUGAAGAAAAAGGAGAAGGAACUUGGGCGAUUUCAAGGAGACGUGACAGAUGACGUCGAACCUCCAUCUCGACCCAGGACCUCUUCGGGUAUAUCUUUGGGAGCGAGCUCUGGUUACCAGUCUGAGGAAGAGCCUGACGAAUCAAGUUUAGAGAUUAUUCAAAUGCCUCAAUCUCAAGCCGUGCAGGAAGGGAAAACAUUAGUGCUGAGUUGUCGAACCCGGGGUCUACCGGAUAUUCGUUAUCGUUGGGUUAAGGACGACAUUGAAAUCCCUGGAGCCAAUCGUUCGGACCUGGUGCUGAGCUCAGUUAGGAUGGAGGACUUUGGACGUUACUUUUGUCGUGUGUGGGAUAAGAGUGGAUCUGUUACUUCAGAUAUCGCUGAAGUCGAUGUAUUUCCUGCUUCUGGAAUGAGAUUUAGAGGUUUACAUGAGAUAAACAUGGAGACAAAACAAGCCAUCAUCGACCUGCUUAACAAGAAGCGCCUUCCUGGCCUGGCGUCAUGGAAGCAAGUGGCACGAAGGUAUGGAAUGAGAGAAAAGGAAAUCUCCUUUUUAGAAAGCGCAAAAAACCCAGCAGGAGCUAUGUUGGAGAGUCUGGCCUCCCUUUCGCCUAAUAUCUCUGUUUAUUUCAUCUGUAAGACCUUUAAGGAGUCUGGACUCAGACGGAUGGAUGUUGUUAACGUCUUGUCGAGGCAUGUUGUGACGCCCAUGAAGUCAACUCGAUAGAGCUAACCCUAAUUUUCCUCAACCUAGUCAAGACAACUAAUUAAGGUUGUGUUUUGUCUUUCACCUUGCAUUCUAUCAUUCCACGCUCGCUCAAAGAAUAAUUCGUUGAAUGUGCAGCCCCUCCAGUUUAAUGUUUUCCUAAUUUAAUUGUAA